CUGUCCAGGAUUUCCAUAGUCAAGGUGUUGCUUCCCAGGGAUCAUGAGGAAAUACGGACUGAAAAACGUCUCAGACCUAGUCUUCAAAAACCCCACAGCGUCUGAUGAGGCAAAGAAUGCAGUAAAAAGCCAAGACCCCCACGUUGGGACAGAAGACGAGAAUGCAGAGAGGGGGAACUGGAGCAGUAAGAGAGAGUACAUGCUAUCUAUGAUUGGAUAUGCAGUCGGACUGGGAAAUGUGUGGAGAUUCCCCUAUCUGGCCUACAAGCAUGGAGGGGGGGCGUUCCUGAUUCCAUACGUGAUCAUGCUGUCCAUCGCCGGGCUCCCUCUCUUUUUUCUGGAGAGCUCUUUUGGCCAGUUCUGCAGCCAAGGACCCAUUAACGUGUGGAAAGCUGUGCCAAUUCUGCAGGGUGUGGGAAUUACGAUGAUGCUGGUCAGCACGUUUGUGGCAAUCUACUACAACGUCAUCCUCGCCUACAGUAUCUACUACUUGUUUGCCUCCUUCCAGUAUCCCCUGCCAUGGAGCAACUGCUCGGGCUGGUCGGACAUGGGCUGUAACAUCAACGCGACAGAAUAUUGCAACACAACUUCGUACAAUGGGAGCCUUGUGGCCUUGAACAGGAGUGCAGGGGCUGAUGGGAACCAGAGCUGUCCUGAAGAGCUGAUAGUUAGUACACCAUUACAGACCAUCAGUGAGCAGUACUGGGAUGUGGUGGCUCUGCAGCGCACCAGCAGUAUGGACGAGACUGGGCCAGUGGUGUGGCAUCUGGCUCUCUGUCUGCUGCUGGGCUGGAUCAUGAUUGGAGCAGCUCUCUUUAAAGGCAUUAAGUCCUCAGGGAAAGUGGUGUAUUUCACAGCCACGUUUCCGUAUGCUGUCCUGCUAAUCCUGCUCAUACGUGGCGUCACCCUGGAAGGCGCCAGAAAUGGCAUUGAGUAUUACAUCGGCUCCCAGUCUAACCUCACCAAACUCUCUGAAGCCGAGGUAUGGAAGGAUGCUGCCACGCAGAUCUUCUUCUCGUUAUCUAUUGCCUGGGGUGGUUUAACCGCGCUGGCUUCCUACAACAAGUUUCAUAACAACUGCUACAAAGAUUCCAUCAUAGUGUGCGUCACAAACUGCGGCACCAGCAUCUUUGCUGGCUUUGCCAUAUUCUCCAUCCUGGGGCACAUGGCCCACGUCUACGGGAAGCCAGUUUCAGAGGUGGCACAAGCUGGCUUUGGACUGGCUUUCAUUGCGUACCCUGAUGCCCUCUCCAAACUCCCCAUAUCUCCCCUGUGGUCCAUCCUGUUCUUCUUCAUGCUCAUAACCCUCGGCCUGGACUCGCAGUUCGCUGGAAUAGAGGUCAUCACAACCUGUCUCCAGGACGCCUACCCUAAAUUCCUGAAGUCCAAGCGGGGUCUCAUCACUGUGAUCAUCUGUGUGGUUCUGUUCCUGCUGGGUUUGCCGUGUGUCACUGGGGCAGGUAUAUACUGGGUGAACCUCAUAGACACGUUUGUUGCUGGGUGGAUUCUGCUGGUGGCUGGACUGCUGGAGGUGUUUGGACUGUCCUGUAUUUAUGGUGGCAACCGCUUUAUUAAAGACAUUGAGAUGAUGAUUGGGAACAAGAGUGCCAUCUUCUGGAUCUGGUGGAGAUCUUGCUGGUUUUUCAUCACUCCUUUUGUUCUGCUGGUUAUUCUUGGCUGGUCAGUGUACACCUUCACAGCUCCAACAUACGGCACAGUCGAGUACCCUGAGUGGGGCAUUGCUCUGGGCUGGUGCAUGACUGCCUUCUGCCUGAUGUGGAUCCCCAUUGUGGCCGUCUGGAGGAUUGCCAAAGCCAGCGGAGGCCUCUGGCAGCGUAUCAAAUCCACAUGUGUGCCCACUGAAGACUGGGGUCCGUACCUGGAACGCCACAGGGGUGAGCGGUACGGUCGGCCAGGGACAGACAACAUAAAUGUGUAUGUGAUUUCAAACAAAAAUACCACCAGACUGUAAAAUACAAUUUGUAUUAUUUUAAAGAUUUAUAUUCAGCUUGUUUUGAAGCUGGCAAGUUUACAAUAUUUUAUGGAUUGUACAGUAUCAGCUGUUAAGUCUCCAGUGCACAAUAUUGAUCAUAGAUAUACAGUUAUUAUGUAGUAUUUUAUACCAACAUUCCAUAUAUUUAUCCUGAAUAUGGAACUAAAUAUUGCAAUAUUGGUCUUUUAGUGACCUCUAAGUUUCAUACUAUUCCUUUCUUGGGGAAGAAUGAGAACACAACAUACAGUUCAUUAAAAGAUAGCCUUAAACUUAUACAUACAAAUCCACACAUAUCCAUAUAUAGCACCUAAGGAUUAGUCAAAUAUCCCAUACCAGAUAAAUGUAUCUGCACUGCUUACUAAAUUAGUUAGAGGAACGUAGUUUAAAUUCUACAAAUAUAUUGGUUAUUUUGUGUCAACAUGCCUUUUGUAGUCAUUUAGUCUCCCUGGGCAAGGCUAAAACCACUAUUACAAACUCUACAUAGGACAAGACUUUCAUUGUUUUUUACCAUGUCCAGGAGGGUAAAAAAAUCACUGCCAGACUCAGACCGGCCGUUUAAUUAGGGGGAGAGGAGAUUAGAAAUAAAUCUAUGCUGAUGAGUGUGGUGGUCUGAAAGUGAGGUGUGUUCAGGGAAAUUUCUGGCGUGUUGCUAUUUUAGCAGCAAAAAACACAGGUGCUCCACUGACUGAUUUGAACCCUGACAACAUUCAAACAGUAAGACAUCAUUUCUAUUCCUAUUUUGGCCAUGCAGGUGCGAAGCGAGCUCUGUGCACACUCAAUGUGCAUAUACCACCACUCGUUACACGCACACAAAGAACGCGUGUGAGUUUCUUCUGAUGAUCGCGUAGAAGUGCUGCGCUGUUAAAAUACCAAUCUGCCAAAGUCAAAGUGCACCUGGCUCUUAAGGGGAAUGACAAAUCACACACUGAUUGGUUUAUUGUACGUUACGCCCAAAACACACCCAUGCUUAAUUAAGAUAAUUAUAAAAUAUAAAUUGCCUUUUCUGUGUUUUAAGCCGUACAAGGCAUAUUUUUUGCAUUUUUUUUGCAUGCCAAAAGACACACGACACGCCCUAAAUCCAGCUGCACGGUGCACGGUUGAUGGCUCGCCUAUAGAUCGGUAAAAUAGGGCCUAUAAAGUUUGGCUUAGGUUUGAGCAGUACAUCCGUAAUAAGUAAACUCAAACCUUUCCAAAUAGUUAAUGGAUAAGGAUGAUCUUAUGUUAUCAUAAAAGUAUUGAUCUUAUUUUAUUGUAGUCAAUCAUGACUACUAGAAGGAAGUUUAGUUUAUGGCCUUUUUUUAAGAGCAUUCAGCAUCAUUGAGUUAAUAACUGAAACAUGUUUAUGUAUAUGUCUUUCAGAAAACCACUAAAAUGAAAAUGACAAAAAUUUUAUUGUCACUUGUUCACUCAAAAGCCCAAUAUUGCAAUGACAUUCAUGUCCAUGAGUGUAUGUAAAUCUCUGACCACAACUGUACGACUCUAGCACCUUUUCUGUGGUGCUGUCUGUAUUUUGUAUUUUGUUUGUUUUUAGUAGGCAUGUAUAUUAAGUAGUGCUGUACAUUGUAUAUGAUAGCAAGCUUUUGUUUCAUUUUUCAAUUUCAUCUUGUAUUUUUUGUAAUAUGAAAAGUGUGAUCUAUUGAAGAAUCAGUUGUAAAUUAUCAGUGUUUGGGGUAAAUUUAGGAGGAUUUUUUUUCUAAGUUUCCUUAUGUUAAAUGUCAUUUUUCUUUAAAUCAUCAGAACACAAAUACUUCAGUUGUUUGAAAUUUGUAAUAAAAAUGGAUACAAAUAAUUUUUGACCAGAACUCUUUUGACUAGACUGCUUCAAAGUUUUCAUAUGUUUGCCUUUUCAUUCCAUAAAAACUUGAUU